UACACAGAAGUACACAGAAGAUCACUGUGUAGUGAAAAGAAUGGAUAAAAAACCUAAUAAUCUCGAAUUCCCAGAUGUCAAAGACUACUUGGUCAAAGGUGACAGGUUCACAAAAUGGACAGAGGAUUCAUCCAAGACAUCGGUUGUCACCAUGAAAAUGGACUCAAAGGGCUACUACCUUUACUGGGUUAAUCAGAGCAGGGAGACAACAUUCCUGGAUGUUGCCACUAUUCGAGACACAAGAGCAGGAAAAUAUGCCAAGCUUCCAAAGAAUCCUAAGGUUCGCAAUGUGUUCAACAUGGACUUCCCCGACAGUCACCAUUUAGCCAAAACCUUGACAAUUGUGUCAGGCCUUGACACAGUCAACUUAACAUACCACAACUUCUUUGCUUACAAGGAAAAUGUAUCACAGGACUGGGCCACAGAUAUCCUGGCAAUAGUCUACAACACUCUGAGGAAUAAUGCAUGCAGACAAAUCUUCCUGGACAAAAUCUAUGUCUGGAUCUCCUUACAAACCAACAAGGAUGGCAAGAUCCCAGUCAAGAAUAUCUACAAGAUGUUCCCUGCAGACAAGAAGAGAGUGGAGAGUGCCCUGAGUGCAGCCCACCUCCCUAAAGGAAAGGGAGACACAAUGAAGGCUGACGUCUUUACUGAAGCUGCAUUCAAAACCUUCCUGAUGAAUCUGUGUCCCAGGCCUGAAAUCUACGAAAUAUUCACUACUUACUCAACAAAGCCCUACAUGACAAAGGAGAAUCUGACCAAGUUUGUCAACGAGAAGCAGCGUGACUCACGGCUGAACGAGGAGCUCUUCCCUCCAAUGCGCCCUGAGCAGGUGAAAAACAUCAUCGAGAAGUACGAGCCGUGCUCCUCCAACGCUAACCGAGGUCAGAUUUCUCCAGAGGGCCUCCUGUUCUACCUGAUGGGACCUGAAACAUCUGUGGUGCUACUGCAGAAGCUUUCCAAGUGUCACGAUAUGACCCAGCCCCUGCCUCACUACCUAGUAAAAUCAUCCCACAACACCUACCUCACAGCGGGCCAGUUCUCAGGCGUCUCAUCUCCCGAGAUGUACCGGCAGUGCCUGCUGGCCGGGUGCCGCUGCCUGGAGCUGGACUGCUGGAAAGGCAAGCCCCCCGAGGAAGAGCCAAUCAUCACCCACGGCUUCACCAUGACCACCGAGAUUCUCUUUAAGGACGUGAUUGAGGCUAUCGCGGAGAGUGCCUUCAAGACCUCUCCAUAUCCCGUCAUACUGUCCUUUGAGAACCAUGUUGACUCAGUCAAACAGCAAGAGAAGAUGGCCAACUACUGCAAGACCAUUUUUGGAGAUGCCCUGCUUACUGAACCUCUGGAGAAUUAUCCACUCAAGCCAGGCCAUCAAAUCCCAAGCCCAUCUGAGAUGAUGGGAAAGAUCCUGAUCAAGAACAAAAAGAACAGUGCGGCCAAACAGGAACCAGAGGCCCCCAAGAAGACUGCAGACCAGCCACAAGACCAAGCUGACCAAAACCAAACUGAACCAAAUCAACCUGACCCAAACCAAACUGAACCAAAUCAAACUGAACCAAAUCAAACUGAACCAAAUCAAACUGACGCAAGCGAAGCUGACCCAAACCAAACUGACCCCACCCAAACUGACCCAAAUCAAACUGGCCCCACCCAAACUGACUCCAACCAAACAGUCACCCAGGAGAGUCAAGAGGGGGAGGUACACGAUGACCAUGAGGAGCAUGACGACAAUGAUGAGCAAGAUGAGGAGAAGAUGAAGAACUCGGAUGAGGGAACAGCGGGGCAGGAAGUGACAGCCUAUGAAGCAAUGUCUGCCUUGGUCAAUUACAUUCAGCCCAAUAAGUUCAUCUCCUUCGAGAAUGCUAAAAAGAAGAACCGGAGCUACGCAAUCUCUUCUUUUGUGGAAACCAAAGGGGGAGAUCUGAUUGCCAAGUCAGCAGUGGAGUUUGUGGAAUACAACAAGAGGCAGAUGAGCAGGAUCUACCCCAAGGGCACCAGAAUGGAUUCAUCUAACUACAGUCCUCAGCCUUUCUGGACUGCUGGCUGUCAAAUGGUGGCACUUAACUACCAAACUAUGGAUUUUCCCAUGCAGCUGAACAUGGCCCUGUUUGAGUUCAACGGGAGGACAGGGUACCUACUUAAACAUGACCUCCUGCGUCGAAGUGACAAGAAGUUUGAUCCCCACACUGAGAGGUUUGACACCAUCAUCGCCAGCACGCUAACAAUAAAGAUCUACUCGGGCCAGUUCCUGUCGGACAAGAACGUGAAGACGGGCGUGGAAGUGGAGAUCAUUGGCUUGCCUAAAGACCCCAAACGCAAGUUCCGGACAAAGUGGUCGGCCACCGCUAAUGCCAUCAACCCUGUGUGGAAUGAGGAGCCCUUUGUCUUUGAGAAGAUCCUGUUGCCCGAGAUGGCCUCCCUCAGGAUGGUGGUCCAUGAGGAGAGUGGGAAGUUCCUGGGACACAGGAUAAUUCCCAUCGAUGCCAUACAGCCAGGUUUCCAUCACAUCUGCCUGCGCACUGAAAGCAACAUGCCUCUCACUCUCCCGUCUAUCUUUGUGUAUAUUGACAUUAAGGACUACAUUCCGGCAGCUUUUGCAGAUUUCACUGAUGCCUUAUUCAACCCAACCAAGACUGAGAAACCCUCAAAGCCCCAUGAGGAGUACGUGUCACCAUUUGAGUUGCCCCCUGUUACCCCUGUAGUCAAGGUGGAGGAGCAAUCAGCAGACCCAGUCACACAGCUAGAUGCUGAGACUCCUGCAGGUGAUGCACCUGCUCCAGAUGCUGAGACUCCUGCAGGUGAUGUACCUGCCCCAGAUGCUGAGACUCCUGCAGCUGAUGCACCUGCCCCAGAUGCUGAGACUCCUGCAGAUGAUGCACCUGCCCCAGAUGGUGACUCUCCUAUAGAAGAUACCCCUGCCCAAGAUACUGAGGCCCCUUCAGAUGAUCCCCCUGCCAAAGAUGGUGAUGCUCCUGCGGAAGGUUCCUCUGCCCAAGAUGGUGAUGCUCCUGCAGAUAAUGUACCUGCUCCAGAUGCUGAGGCUCCUACAGAUGCCCCUGCCAAAGAUGGUGAGGCCCCUGCAGAAGAUACCCCUGCCCAAGAUGGUGAUGCUCCUGCAGAUAAUGUACCUGCUCCAGAUGCUGAGGCUCCUACAGAUGCCCCUGCCAAAGAUGGUGAGGCCCCUGCAGAAGAUACCCCUGCCCAAGAUGGUGAUGCUCCUGCAGAUAAUGUACCUGCUCCAGAUGCUGAGGCUCCUGCAGAUGCCCCUGCCAAAGAUGGUGAGGCCCCUGCAGAAGAUACCCCUGCCCAAGAUGGUGAUGCUCCUGCAGAUGAUGUACCUGCUCCAGAUGCUGAGGCUCCUGCAGAUGCCCCUGCCAAAGAUGGUGAGGCCCCUGCAGAAGAUACCCCUGCCCAAGAUGGUGAUACUCCUGCAGAUGAUACUCCUGCCCAAGAUGGUGAUACUCCUGUAGAUGCCGCUGCUGUCCCUUCCCUCAACACUGAUCCCCCCUCUGACCCUGCUAAACCUCAAGUAACUGAGGAAGCAUCCAAAGAUUCUGGCCCAGAACCAUCUUCUGUGACACUGGAUGAGUUGAAACAACACAAGAGCUUUGUGAAAGUCAUAAAAAAAUACGAGAAAGAGAUCCGAGAGAUGGAGAAGAAAUUUCAGAAGAAGGCAGAUGACCUAAUACUCAAAUACAAGGAGUCGUUUAAAUCUCUCAAGAAGAAGUCCUCUGGGAAGAGGAAAGAGAGUGGCGGUGACUCAACCCCUGUUCCUGACAAGGCUGUGGAACUGAAGGCUAAGCUACUGGUGGAGCUGAAAACGCUAUGGGAGGGGCAGUACGAUCUUCUGAAGAAGAAGAAGGAACAGCACGCCACUGAGCAAUUAACGAAGCUGCUGGAUCUGGCUGCAGAGAAGCAUGCCAAAGAAACACAGGCACUGGAGAGAGUGAAGAAGGACAAAAAUGGUGGUUCUGGUACUGCUGAGGAUGGUGACCAGUCAACAAAUGUUGAAGCACUGGGGAGGAAGCAGGCCGCUACCCUGGAGCAGAUCAAAGACCAGACUAACCAGCUCAACCACGAGAUCCUCUCAGAACAUGAGAAGAAGACGAGUUCACUCCCUGCCAGCGUCCGAGAUGCUGUCAACGGUUGUGUGAGUCCAAAUUUCCCUGAGCUGGUGGACCAACCCAGCCCAGACAAGGAAGAUGGAGAUCAGUCAGGGGGAGUAUUCAGGGGGUAGGGAUCUGCUCUCUGACUGCUGUCUACCUGGAAUGACAAAAGAUGACACUGUCCUCAGAUGGUUUCAUUGUGCAAUUCAACUUCUGGGGCAAAAGUUGCUUUGAGGUUAAACCAGCGCUAGUAA